UUAGGAGGGAUAAACGACAAAGCGUAUAAAGCGAAACAGAGAGCCGGCCAAUAGAAGAAAGGGGCAGAUCAAGUUACAGAAGAAAGCAUCCUCAUCUCUGCAACUCCAAGCCUCCAUCCCCAAGUCUCCCAAAUGCCUUAAACACCCCAAUCCACCCUGAAACACCUGCCAUUUGCUCGACGAAGUUCCUCAAGCAAAGCAAACUAACCAUGGAGUCGAGCAUCUUGGAGUCUAUCGGGGUCGAGUUAAUUGGGGUGAUGUCCCCAGUGUCAAUUUGUAUGCUUUUGGUGGUUCUCAUUGUCUAUUCUCUCUCCCCAUCAAACCCUUUUUCUGAUGCUGCCUCGGGUCCCCCGAUCCGCACUGCUGCCAACCUCGUCUACGUCGAGAACCCCUCCGACUCCGCUGCCCAGAAACUGGAAGGUGCGCUCCUUAAUGCGCUUGUGUUUGUGAUUGUCAUUGCCGUCUUCACUUUUAUUCUGGUUCUCUUGUACUACUACAAGUUCAACAACUUCUUGAAGAAUUACGUGCGUUUCUCGACCUUUUUCGUGCUAGGUUCAAUGGGGGGCUCAAUUUUUUUGUCACUGAUUCAGCAUUUCUCAGUUCCUGUUGAUUCCAUUACUUGUUUCAUUAUGUUAUUUAAUUUUACAAUUGUGGGUGUAUUAUCGGUGUUUUCUGGUGGGAUACCGAUUUUUCUGAGGCAAGGAUAUAUGGUAGCUCUGGGGAUAUUUGUGGCAGCUUGGUUUACCAAGUUACCAGAGUGGACUACAUGGGUUCUACUGGUGGCAUUGGCAUUAUAUGAUUUGGUGGCAGUUUUGGCACCUGGUGGGCCACUUAAGCUGCUAGUGGAAUUGGCCCAGACUCGAGAUGAAGAACUUCCAGCACUGGUUUAUGAGGCUCGGCCUGCAGUUUCACAAAACAUGAAUAACCAUGGUCGGAGUUUGGACCUUUUGAUUGGAGGAGUUUCAAAUUCAGGGUUGGUGGAGAUGCAAACAAUGUCAAAUCACAGUAUGAAUCUGAAUGAGAAUGAUGAUCGUGUUAACGCUGAAUAUGCUGUCACUCCAGUUCAGAAUUUUGGGAAUAUGGAAGGUGUAGGAAAUAGAGAGAAUUCAGAGAGGUCGCUGUUGGUCAGGAGCUCAUCCACCAGCGAAUCAUCAGAGUAUUCAACUGUGGUUGGUAACCAGGAGUCUGAAAUUGUUGUGGAUGAGGAAAGGUCUCCUCUGGUUGAUAUCCUGGGAUUUGGGAAUGAGGGGGAGCAGGCAGGGAGGGAUGCUUCUGAAAACCCUGUGGUUGCCAGUAGAGGUAUAAAACUCGGUCUUGGAGAUUUUAUUUUCUACAGUGUUCUUGUGGGUAGGGCUGCAAUGUAUGAUCUCAUGACAGUAUAUGCAUGCUACCUUGCAAUUAUGUCAGGACUUGGGUGCACACUUAUUUUGUUGUCAGUGUGCCGCCAGGCUUUACCGGCUCUCCCUAUUUCUAUAGCAUUGGGUGUCUUCUUUUACUUCUUGACUCGAUUAUUGAUGGAACCUUUUGUUGUUGGGACAGCGACAAAUCUGAUAAUGUUUUGAUCCUCUCUUAUAAGGGAGAGAAGUGCCUUUUUUUGCACUGUACAAAGAAAUACUGAUGUCAGUUGUAAAUUUUGUAUACAGCAUGGAUAGUAUUAGUUUCUCAAAGUUAUCUUUUUCAUGUGCUCAUGUAGUUUCUCACAAUUGAAGUCCGUAAUUGGCUGAUGCAACAACCUGAAGAUUUAGUGUAACUUGACUGCCCUUUUGGGUUUUAGCUUCAUAGAAUUUGGAAUAUAUCAUGCUGAAGCUUGUUUACAAUGUUUUGUUCAUAUA